GAUAGCACACCGUUGCAUUUAAAAAUAUAUAGAUUUUUCACAGGCAUUAUUUUCAUGAUUGUUAUGUUUUUCCAAACAUUAAUCAAUCCUGAUAUGAAUAGACAUGGAAGUGAAUACACAAGAGAUUAUAGACCUGGAUCUGGACCACCUCGUCCACCCACGCGUAGAUUGGGAAGACCUAACACAGGAAAUACUGUAAAUAUUCCAUUUGGAGGGUGCAGAAGUUGUGCUGGAUAAAGUAUUUAAAUCAUAGAUGUAAGAAUCAAUAUCACCAAUUUUUUUUAUAAUCAUAUGAUUGUAAUAUAUUAAACUAUGUUUACAUUAUUG